GGGGCAAUGGAUUUGAAAAGUCGAGCUGCGCUGCUUGUAGAUUAGAGAAGUUGGAGCGUUGCUUCAUUGGGUGUUGACCAACUGAAAACUCCACCACUACCACCAGUGAGAAAGCACCGAUUCUCAGACUGGGAGGUCUUGAAGCCCUAGAUUUGCCAUUGAUCUCUGAAAAACUACUUUGAUUGCUCGGAGAAUUUUGUUUCGAGGUACCCAGUUGAUCAAAAUGCACGAUUUUUGCUUUACGAUUCCAUAUGGAUUGCUCAUGGUUGUUGGUGGGCUUGUUGGAUAUUUUAAGAGGGGGAGCACAGCUUCGUUGGCUGGAGGAUUGGGUACAGGAUUUCUACUGCUGCUUGCGGGUUUUGUGAGUCUGAAAGCAUUUGAAAAGCGAAGGAAUUCUUAUUUCGCUCUGAUUCUCGAGACUGGUUGUGCAUUAAUACUUACAUUUGUCAUGGGACAGCGGUACAUCCAAACCUCCAAGAUAAUGCCUGCUGGAAUUGUUGCUGCAAUCAGUGCUCUUAUGACUGGAUUUUAUGUGUACAAGAUCGCAAGUGGUGGUAACCAUUUUCCAUCCAAAUAUGCAUGACUUUGGAGUUGAGCUUGUGAUAUGAAUUUUUUACGUUGUUAUAUUCAAGAGGUCAUGUGUGUAUGUUGUUCUCACUUUUAUAGAAGAUUUAGUUUUCCGGAGGAGUUUGCUAACCUCACAUAAUAUGUGGGAGAUACUCACAUUUCCAAUACAAACGUGUUAUACAUGAGUUUUGGCAUUUAUACACAAAGGGAUGGAGAAGUAAUUUUCUCAACUGUAGAAAAGUAUGACAAAAGAAAUAUUUUUACUUCA